UUAGGGUUUUUACCUGGGGAGCCGAAUGACACCACAAACUCUUGCAGUUUUGUGAACUGGAACACAAUCCAGAUUUUGGCCUAUACAUCAGGAAACAAUUUGGUCAUUUUCACCAAAAAUUCUACACAUUUACAAACCAUAUAUCUCCCCGCUGAUUCCUUCGUUGUGGAUGCCAACAAAGUGAAUGGAAAAAUAGCUGUAGCCAUCAAGAAUCAGGUCUAUGUCUAUACUCCGGUGAUCUCCAAUUGUUACAAUUUUAUUUUUCAUGGGCGUAAGAACCUGGACGAAUUGAGAAUUGAAUGGACUUUAGAACAUGUUAUAACAAACGAAGAUGACCAAACAGACAUUACGUGUUUGAGCUGGUCUGACUACUCUGAGGUCUCUGACAUGGAUCUAGACUCCCAGUUUUUAGACUUACCGCCAGAGUUUAACCCUAAAACCCUUUGCGAGUUGGUGACGGGGUCUAACGACUCUUUAACAAUGCACCAACUGUCGUAUGUCAAUGAAAAUGAUGAGAAGACUAUGAAGUGUAAAUUAGUCUGGCACAAAAAGCAGCCGAACCCUGUGUACAAAGUCAAGUUCUCGCCAAAUGCCACAUGCAUCGCAAGUAUUGGCCGUUAUGAUAAAAAUGUGAAACUUUGGCAUAGAUUAGGAUUUGAUACUGAAUUCUGUGAUUUCGAGCUUCAUUACCUCUUGCACGAUGCUUAUGUCACAGAUAUUUUCUGGAAGAAUCAUAUGAAUUCUACAGAUCCGAAUAACAAAGAUAGCGGCUCGGGAAUUAGUGUUGAAAAUCAACAUAAUGUCCUUUAUACAAUUACAAAUAAUUCAUUAUUAAAGGUAUAUUCCACAUACAGAUUAGAAAGAGGAUUUGAAAUAUUCAACUCCGGUUCAUUGGAUUUAUAUGCCGGUGAGUCGUAUAAAAGAGAACUUGGAGUGAUAAAAUCAGUUGAAAAAAGCUCAGUGGAACUUGAUAGUUCAGCAAGGAAAAGACAUAAACUUCUUGAUCUGAUGAAUGCCAAGUGUGAGUUAUGUAUUAUCAUAGGAAGUGAUGGAGAAGUUCGAUUGUAUGGUUUGAGCAAUCUAUGCAAUGCGUUACCCACAAACAUGUCGUCAUUUUUGAUUGAUAAAUUUAAACAAAAUGGUCAAACAUUUAACGCAAAAAUAAAAUUAUCAAAAUAUUGCUUGCCAACAAUUCCUAAUGCUUUCCUUCUAAAAUCUAUACAAAUCAAUCAUUAUUCGGGAAAAAUGACUCUAACUCUAGUAAUACAUGAUUUUUUCAAAAAUACUAUAAGGGAACUUGGUUUCACAUUUGGAGAAUUAUUUCAAUUUGACAGGUCGAGGUCCCUCAAGGACGAAGGAAAAAAAUAUCCAGUAAAAGACAUUUCAAUUGGAUGUCUUCAGCAAAAGUUCACAGGUCACAAUAAAUCAGUAAAAAGGUUAAUAAGAUCGACUGACGGUUCUUCAAUUCUAUCAGUGACCCGGUUUGAUGAAAACUACCUUUGGAGUCCUAUCUAUUUAAACAAUGGAAGGACAACACUCACAAAAAAGUCAAUAAUAAUAACAAGCUCUCCCGUUAUAAAUGCAGUGAUAUGGAAGAAUGGCGACUAUGUGUUUACACUAUUAAAAGAUAAACUUAUCUGCUAUGACUGUUUGAACACCGAUGAAGGUUCGGGAAGGGUUGCACGUAACAUUUCAUCUCUUGACAUCAAGAUUAAUACAGAUCCUGAGUGUAUAUUUUUACUACCGGAAUCAAGUGCAACAGAAUGUCACCUUGUAAUGAUUUUCAAAAACGGUGAAUGCAGAUCAUUCCAGUUUAGCAUCUCGAAUAAAAGUGAACCAAAGAGCAAAAGUGAAGCAUUUUACGAACUGUUUGAAUGUUCGAUUCAAGAUUUAAAUGCUUCAGAGAAAGAUGAUCUCCAUAUAAUCUCGGCAAUAAACCCUGUAGGUUGGAAGCAGUUUAUUGGAAAAGCCGGACGAGAUGUUUUAGCAACAGUUUCUUCUAACGGCCUUGUUUCCGUUUAUUAUGUUACCUUCAGUGGGAAUGACAAGGAUAAAACUAUUUGUUGGCAUUUGAAGGACAAAUUUAGAACUGGAGUUCAGAAUUGCUCCUUCAUAUCUUGUUCUUCUAUAAACAAAAUGGCAGUUGUCGACGGGUCGAAAACAAAGUUAAGUAUAUGGGAUACGAAAGUUGGUGUGAUGGAUUAUUUUGAAGAGUUUCAAGGUGAAAUCAUUAAAGAUUUGGAUUGGACGUCAACAGUUUAUGGCCAAGGUAUACUAGCAGUCGGCUUCAAGCUACAUUCGUUGUUAUAUACUCAGCUACGUUAUGAUUAUACUAAUAACACUUUGUCUUUUGCAAAAAUCAAGAAGGUGGAUAUUUCGGAUCAAACGACACAUGAGAUAGGUGAUUCAAUAUGGAUGGAAGAUGGCUUAUUGGUAGUAGGUGCUGGCAACCAACUAUACCUAAGUGACAAAAAGAUAGACGAUAAGGAUUUUACUGCUACAAAAGCCAUAGGAACUUUGGAAAUCUUGAGCAAUGAUAUUUUUCAUUUAUGCUCAGCAUUGAAUGGUCCGCUACCGUUGUAUCAUCCCCAAUUCAUUAUUCAGUUACUUUUCAGUGGCAGGCAUACUCUUAUUAAGUCGAUCCUUGCUAAACUAUCCGUAGUUUUGAGAGAGAUAGACCUGGGUAAGAGAAAGGAUGACGACUUUGAUCUAGGAAUUCCAAUUAGUGCAAUAAUGUCUCAUACUAACGAUGUGAAUGAUGAAAAAUUGCAACAGUGGGAUAAAAAAAACGAUCCAGAUUCAGCUAUUGACACGACCGAUUUCAAUGAGCAAUGUGGAGAAAUUCUUAUAGAAAAACUACAAAAAAUGAGACUACCCUUUUUGUCAGGACAUCAGCAAAUUACACUCUCUCAUACAGUGAGUAUAAUGAAAGAAAUUUUGUUAAAAUAUGUGAAGGUGUUGGAUAUUAAUGGCCUUAAGUUUUAUCUAACAAUGAAACUAUUCAUGGUAAAUAUGGGCAGGGAAGUGAUGAGAAAUAUAAAUAACUCGAUCCGUAUGAGAGAUAUGACUUUUGCAUUACACUCUGAUAACAAGGACUUGCUAUACAACAUUGUCGAUGAGCAGGCUGAAAUGAAAAUUGAUUGGUUGAAUGCAAAAAGAUACUUACUGCCGUAUUGGAUGGAGAAUCAUAAAUUAAAAAGUGUGAUGGAAAAAAUAGCCGCAAACGAGUUUUUAAAGUUUCAAAACGAGAAUGGUGGUAAAAAAGACCCAACUACAUGUUCUAUUUUCUAUUUGACAUUGAAAAAGAAACAUAUAUUAAUUGGUCUCUGGAAAACCUCAAUCGGACACAGUGAACGAGAUAAAAUGGUGAAAUUCCUUAGUCAUGACUUCACAGAAAAAAGGUGGAAAUCGGCUGCGCUGAAAAAUGCAUAUGUUCUUUUAGGAAAACAUAGAUAUGUCGAGGCUGCCUCAUUUUUCUUAUUAGCAGAUGCUCCGAAAGAUGCCGUAAAUGUUAUAGUUAAACAACUGGAUGACGUUGCUUUGGCGGUAGCUGUUGCUCGUUGUUAUGAAGGCUGUGACAAUGGACCAAGUAUAAAAAGCAUUUUGGAAAGAAAAAUUCUUACAGAUGCAAUUACAACAAAUGAUAGGUGGAAGCUCAGCUGGGUAUUUUGGAUACUAGGAGAUAAACCUCAUGCAGCACAAGCAUUGAUAAAGCCUUUGCAUUGUAUCAAAGAAGAUAUCGAAAAAAUAUUACCCAACUAUAGAUGGGUUAAUAUAGACAAUGUCAUCAGAACUAGUAAUACCGAGGACCCUGUCUUACUAGUAAUGUAUGAUUCUUUGAGGAAUAGAAAUGUGGCAUAUUAUAAAGGCAUUGCAGAUGUCAAGCCCGAACACGAGUUUUCUUUCGUUAUCAAAGCAGCUACAAUGUAUUCUAGAAUGGGAUGUGACUGGUUAGCAUUAUACCUGGUCAAAAAAUGGAAAUUC